AUGGAUCCGAGCAUCAAGGAGGAACUUGAGGGUGCAGUCAACCACUUUGGAAUGAGAGCCUUCAUUUUCCACGAUGUGAUUGCAAAGGAAUGCUUUAGCAGGGGGUUUACAUCGGCAACACAAGGGUUGGAAGAAUGGGCAGCGAAACUGACGAAUGGUUCCAACUCACAGGACCCACUGGCAACUCUGUUCACAAAGCGAGUGAUCUCUGACUUCAAGCGUGCUGGGGAAGGGCAACGAAAGCCUUUGAACUUCAAGGAUGCCCUUUACAAGCACCAAGUCUGUGGGGCAUAUCUCCACUUCAAAUCAGAGUUCCAAAGCAGGUGCCCUGAAAAGGAGUGGCCAACACUUUCUCAGGAGAUUGAUGACUCCUUCUACCAGCGGCUCCUGGACACCGAUCUCCAUGCUGCGAUGCUCAGCAGUGUGCCGCCGGGAGAUCUCCUGGCCAUUUCGAGCUUCAGGCCGCAUUUGGGGCGGUUUCAGAAGGUCCAGGUCGCAGAACUAGAAGCCAAAGAGGACAGGUUGGCUAGGAGUGUGUUGGAGGCAACCUUCAACCAGCUUUCUGCCCAGUUGGAUCACGACAUGGCACUUGUGAAAGAAAAACUUUGUCAUGACAAAGAUGCUGAAGCCGUGGAGUCUGCAAAAGAUGCCAGAUUCUUGCGAGAACGUCAGCUGAUACUCAAUGGAAGAUUAUAUAAUAAUUAUUAUAUAGGGCUCCAAGUUUCAAUUCUCUUAUGGAUGUCAAUGGCUAGACAGUUGAUAUGUUUCCCAAAUAACACAAACUUGUUUAUUUGUUCUGAACUCAUCCAUUGUACCUCCAGCUGCUUUCUACAUUUCCAUCUUAAGGAAGGGGGCUGCAUGGGUGAAGAACUGGAUGGCACGGCACUGUGUCCUCAUUCCGGUGGACGAUUCAAUGUCGGGCUCCAUGACAGAGUAUGCGUCCUUCAAUGCGCAAUUCCAGGGGUCAGCUGGCAGGAAGCUACUUGGUGA